GAAGGAGAGAGAGUACGGAGGGGUAUAUUGACUCAAAGCUGGUCUACAUGCUCCACAGAGUGUGAGAGACAGAGGAGGUGUGAGCAGGCAAGAUGGAGUGCUGGCACAGAUGAAGACUGUCCCCGGUCCAGUUUGACAGUCCAGAUGAGUGUCUCCAAGCCACCUCCACCACCCUCUACCUCCCACCUGGCCAUCCCCCCUUCCUCCACCUCCACCCCUUCUUCAUCAGCGUCCUCCCCCUCGGCGACUCCCCACUCCACAGCUCCUCCACCGCCCUCGCCGGUCAAGAUCUCUAUGCAGGAGCACUUUGCCAUUAAUGUGUGCCCGGGCCCCAUCCUCCCCAUCCCACAGAUCUCGGACUUCUUCCCACGUUUCCACGACUACCCCUGCACGCCACCGCCCCCCAGGGAGAAAAAGAUCCUGAAAGAGGAGACCUUCAACGGGGAGACGGGAUACAAGGAUGGGGAGAGAAGAGUGGAGCUUGACGGGGAGAGGGAAGAGGCGGCCGACUCUGAUGAUGAAGACACAUACCUGGGAACGCUGGAGUUCACGCUGCUCUUUGAUCAGGAGAACAACUGCCUUCAUUGUACUAUCCACAAGGCAAAGGGUCUGAAAGCCAUGGACUCCAAUGGGCUGGCCGAUCCGUACGUCAAGCUUCAUCUUCUGCCCGGGGCUAGCAAGGCAAACAAACUACGCACAAAAACCCUGAAGAAUACUCUGAACCCAGUGUGGAAUGAGACGCUGAUAUAUCACGGCAUCACAGGAGCCGACAUGACCACCAAAACGCUCAGGCUGUGUGUAUGUGACAUGGACAGACUCGGAAGAAAUGAAUUCAUCGGCGAGGUCAGAGUGGCUCUGAAGAAGCUCAGAGAGGGCGAGAACAAGCGUUACAACAUGGGCCUGGAGAGAAUUGCACAGAAUAAAGAAGCCAACAAUCAAACGGUGGAGCCGGGAGCAGUGGUGGCAGAGGAGGAGCGCGGCCGCAUCCUGGUGUCGCUGUGUUAUAACAUGGAGAAGAGCUGCCUGCUGGUGGGGAUCAUACGCUGCGCCCAUCUGGCCGCCAUGGACUCCAACGGCUACUCUGACCCCUUCGUCAAAAUCAUCUUACAGCCAGACAUGGGGAAGAAGUCAAAAUACAAGACCACGGUGAAGAAAAAGACUCUCAAUCCUGAAUUUAAUGAGGAGUUUUCAUACGACGUAACCAUGGACCAGCUGGCAAAAAAAACCCUUGAGAUCUCUGUGUGGGACUACGACUUGGGAAUGAGCAACGACUUCAUAGGUGGAGUGGAGCUGGGCAUCAACGCGAACGGACAGAGACUCAGACACUGGUUCGAGUGUCUCAAAAACAAAGGGAAGAAAGUCGAAUACUGGCACACGCUGACGCAGCAAGGAGCGCCGACCAGCGACAAGCCGGACUAGACCGCACUAGACAUCCAUGCAGACAACGAUGCACGCACUUACCCAUUUGUCUCACUGAACGAUGGUUGAUGAAAGUCCAAAGGAUAAAACAUGCAAUAAUAAGAAUGAAAUGAAACUCAAAUCUGUCGUAUUACCACUGAAUACAGCACAAAGUAUUAGUAUAUAAUCAUACUAAUAUUAGUGACGGUAAUAAGGUGUAAUCUGAAUACAAAAUUGUGAUGAUGUCCUCAUUAAAGUGUUGACGUAAAACAAAACAGUACUCACAAAAUCGUGCUCAGACCUCACUGUAUCGUGGAAGUUUAUUCAUAUUCAUUCAGUCUUAACUUUUUGAACUGACUUGAGGCUAAAGUACUCAAAAAGUCGUCGAGUGAAAGUGCCCAGAUGUACGCCCUUGUGACACAUGAUGUGGUCCGUAGUUACAGGAAUGAGAAUGUUGUCGUUUUAUUGGCUGUCAAUCUGAUGCAAAAUAACUGUCAUACUACUGAAGCACAAAAUGAUCCAGUCGGUGGAUUCAUACCUUCUUAUGUUUUCUGUUUUAUGUCUCUUGAUUGUCGCUGGCGGUCAGGCGGUGAUGUGUCAGCAUCUGUGUUCGUGUGGAGGUUAUGACAAUAUGAGUGCCUACAUUCUCUGUAUGUGCAGUGUGUGUGUGUGUUAUUGUCUGUAUUCUUUCCAUGCCCCAUUUUAAGAAAGUUUCCACCCAACUGCUGAAGCACUGAGGUGUGGAGAUAUAUUGGCAAGGGACAAAGAUUAAUUCAAGGGAGCACUCAGACAAACUGUCAUUCAUAACUGCCGGGCCUCGUGCAAUCUCUCGCUCCACUUUCCAGACAGUCAUAGAGCAACUUUAGGAAAGAAAUCUGUCCUGACACAUAAUAUCUGCUCUCUUUCUCAAUGAAAGACCGACGCUCCGUCUGCAGCAGAAGGAGCGGAUAUUGCUUUUGGAUGUAUCGCUUGUACUUUUACUAUGUUGCAGCAUUAACGAAGCAGAUUUCAAAUUGGAUUAAAGAUGCGUUUCAGAACUUGAGUGACUCCAGUUCUGCUCCUGCAGAGGCACGCGGAUGAUGCAACGUUUUAUUCCUGCAAGGCAAUGAUUUACAUUUUUUUUAAUUCAUAAAAGCAGAAGCUUCACUGCUCCAUUUGUGGUGUGACUUACGUGAGUCGCCCAGUGCUUGAAGCGCACUACUGCAUGCCCUCCGCGUGAGGAUCUAAACACACAGGCAGAUGAAAUGAGGUAACAUUUUGCAUCAACCAUCAGAGGGAGUCAUUGCUUUGAUCAGUGCUCUGUUCAUGCCAUCUCUUCUUAGAUAUAAGAUAUAGCAGCACAUAUUUCAUGCUCCGGUAUAGAUAACCUUGUCUGUCAAAUGCAUGAUUUCCUGCUAAAUAAUUAAGAGUAGAAAUACAGAGAAGAGCCCAUGCAGACAGCUUAACCUCAGGUAGUAAAAAAAAGGAAUCGCUCCCAGUCUGGAAACUGAUUUGAUACAAAACACUCAGAGACUAGAAUCCAAAAUGCAUCUCUCUACAUAAAUCUGCAUAUUGACGAUGUAUAAAAACUGUCGCUGUCUUGUUCGAAACACCUUCCAGGACCUCAGAUACCCUCUCCUGGUUCAUCUGUCACAGCAGCUCUGGUAACACAAACGUACACCCACAGCCGCCGUCUGUGGCCUCUGGGUUUUACUUGGGUUUUUAUUUUUUAUUCCCAGCUGUUGAAACAAUCCAGCUGCUUAUAUUGUGCCAAGUCCUUUGAUAAUCUUGUGAAUGUCGACUGCCAACAAAGAAACAGAAAAUUAGCUUCAGCGCUGGGUUGAGUUUAUUCCAAUCCCUUAAAAGGGAAGAAAAAAAAAAGAGACUCUGGCAUCAUAAAAGCUUUUGAAGGCUUCAUCCCAUUUCCAGUUAGAUCUUAAAUAUCUUCAAAAGGGAGGUGGGUUUAUUCUGUACUUUCUCUAUGCACAUUUUAAAAUCCCAGCAUGUCAGCAGUGAGAUAAUCAAACCAAAACAACAACACGUUGGGUGUUUUCGUUUCUCUGAGAAUAAUCAGUACUUUGUGUCCAGGCUGGGUGACAGUGAUCAAAUUUCAGUUCCCAUUUCUGCCUGGAUGGUUGCUUAUUUCUGUCACUGGACCUGUUGUUUACAGUCUCACAGGAUUUUUCUGACUCUUUGUCUAUUGACCCCCACUUUGCUUAUGUAAUCAUUUAUCUGCAAUACAGCUGCAUGUUUCACAAUUCCCUAUCAGCUUGCAUAAAAGAGUGUGCAGCCUUAGCUGAUCGUUCCGAUUGCUGAUGUGUUUACAGUCUAUGUCAUCAGUUGUGUAAUUGUUUGUGAAACACAACAAUUCAGGGUCUUUUUUCGCUCAGUUGCUGUGCUUUUGACCAAGCAAGGACUUGCUUUAACGGAAAAACAAAAACCUUUACUGUCACAAACUUUUGCACUUGUCUUCCUUGAAAGUGUUAUAUCAGUGGUAACGAUGCAGGAGGGCUGACCCGGCAACGAGAUGGGAAGUCAUGAUUGCUGUCUGUGUAUUUAUCGUCAGUGUCAUUCCAGCAGUGUGGCUGCCAUCCUGUGGUGGGUUUGUGUAACCACUUCAUUGAAAUAAAUGGAAGCUGUUUCAGUGGGCGUCUGGCGCUCCAUGUGACCUGCUUUGACUUCAUAUGAAUUAUUCAGUAACAUAAAACAGGAAGAAUACAGUGUGUGUUGUGCAAUUAUAAAUUUAUUGAUUAAAAUGUUUGCUGGCACUCCACAAACCUAUUUUGCAAAAUGUGUCCCACUGGGGUUUGUUCAUAUUUUACUAAAACCGUAUCGGAUCCCCCCCCCCCCACCCCCACUCCCACU